AUGUCUGAUGUUUCAACUUCGAAGAAAUUGUAUUAUGCCAAGCUACGUAAAGAAUUGAAAAAGCUCAAUGAGAAUUUGACGAAACUAGAUAGCAAUCUCAAAACAACAGCCGAGCAAGUCCCUAGCAUAAGGAAAAUGGGCACACUGCAUUCAUCGAUGCUCAUGUCCGUCCAAUCAGUGAUUCACCAACAAUCUGCAAAUGAUUAUAUUGAAGGUCAUAAUACGACAAGAUCUUAA